AUGUGCUUCAACCGCACGCCCACACAGGAAGAGACUAGUUGGCUAACCUCUCCUCGUCCACCACCACCACAGGGUCUCGUCACCAACGGCGCCCGCGUCAUCAUCACCGCCCUCCCCACCGACCCCAUCGACGCCGCCGUCCACGAGCUCAACGACCUCGGCUCCCCCAGCGGCGGAACAGCAGAAGGCUUCCCGACCGACCUCUCCACCAAACCCGCCAUCGCCUCCCUCGCCGCCCACCUCACCACCACCCUGCGCCUCCCGCACCUCGACAUGCUCAUCUCCAACGCCGGCAUCCGGCGCGACGCGCCCACGCCGUGCACCAACGACGGCGGCGUCGCCGCGGCCGACCUGGCCGACCUGCAGGCGAGCAUGUGGUCGCACCGGGCGGGCGACUGGGCCGACAGCUUCGCCGUCAACACGACGGCGCACUACUUCCUCAGCGUCGCGCUGGUGCAUCUGCUGGCCGCGGCGGCCGAGAGGAUGGUGGCGAUCGACGAGCCGGCCGGGGGAGGGGGGACAGGAUCAGGGACAGGACUGGGGACGACUGCCGUCAAGGGCAGGGAGCUGGGGUGCGGCAGCGUCGUCGUGACGAGCUCGUGCGCGAGCAUGCACAACUGCACCAACGUCGACCUGACGAGCUAUGCGACGAGCAAGGCCGCGACCGACCAUCUGGUGGCGUUGCUGGCGGCCAAGUUUGCGCGCUUCUAUGUGCGGGUGAACGCCAUCAAUCCGGGUUUCGUGCCCAGUAACAUGAAUCCCGUGGGCGCCGAGGGAAACAUGUUUGCCAAUUUGUUUGACAAGGUCCCUGCGCGGAGGGCGGGGAGGCUGGAGGAUAUUGCGGGAACGGUGCUGUAUCUAUGCAGUCAGGCUGGAGCGUAUGUCGAUGGGCGCUGUCUGUGCGUGGACGGUGGUAGGGUUCUCGUAGCAAACGGUCAAGAGUGA